CCGUGAAUUGCUACUGCUAUCGGCUUCAAUAAAUCGCACCAGCUUCGUCGCCUUGAGCUCCGACCGGUGCGCCGGCGAGCGACUCUCGCCGUGAUGCCUCACCAGCUUGUCCUCGGCGCCAUCGCCAAACAGGCCCCCUUGGACCAUUGGGUGCUGCCGUCCUCCAUCGCCGGUGCCACCGUCAUUGGACUUCUGUCUCUGCCUGGUGUCUUUGCUCUUCUUCACCAGAUUCGCAAUCGAACCCCCAAGGACAACUUCUACCAGGAUGUUGACGGCACGAGUACGCCCGAGGCUGUUGCUUCGUUUUCCAACAAGUGGCCCAAGAUUGCUAUACUUGUCUUGUCUCUAGCAACUUUCGGUCCAUCCCUGGCCCUCUCCAUUCUGUCUACCCUUCGUCCCGACCAAGACGACCUCUUUAUUUCCAACUGGCUGGUAACUGCUGCUCUUGCUGUCUGCAUCUUUGCCCACCGAGCCCCUGUCAAAGCCCAUGAUCUCGGCAUUUGGGCAUUCGGCUCGACAUUUAUCAGCAUCCUGGUCAUCAUUCUUCAGUCGCUACACGCUGUGCAGCUUGGCGUUACGAAGAAUGAUCCUAUCUUCGUUCUUCGGCUGGUCAGCUUGGCGGUCGCGGUCCCAUUGCUAUUUGCCAAUAUCUCGAUCCCGCGACGACCCGUCGUCUUCUACAAGGACAGACCGGUAGAUGCGCAGUUCACAACAUCUGUCUUGAGCCGAUUUACUUGGUCCUGGGGAAAACCCUUGGUAGCGCUGGCGUCAAAGAAGGGCGAUCUGGAUGAAAAGGACAUUCCAGGACCGGAUCACAACUUCAGAGCCCGUGACUUGGUCGAGGCAUGGAACAACUUCCACUUCGAGGGCACGCUGCUGAAGAAACUUCUUCGGGCUUAUCUACCUCUCUUUGUACUCCAAUGGGUUGUCACCAUCACUCGCUCGUUUGUCGGCCUGGGGCCGUUUUGGGCCAUGCUGCGCGUGAUUGAGCUCUUAGAACGCAGCGCUGGCUCAGGCGAACGUCCAAUGGGUCAGAUACUGGCAUACAUCAUUUCCCUUGCUCUUUUCACUCUUUGUACGCAGUGGCUGCAAGGAUGGGUCAACUGGUUCGCCAUGUACAAGACGUCCAUCCCUCUCCGAGGCCAGCUUUCGGCUCUUGUCUUCGAGAAAUCCCUGAAGCGCAAAAAUGUCAAAAUGGCGGAGAAAGAAACGCCAAAGCCGGAUGGGGAUGCUGCCGAAAGCGACGACAACGCGAAGAAAUCCGAGGAAGAAGACACCGUUCUCAAGUCUCGCCAGGCCAUUGUGAACCUCGUUGGUGUUGAUGUUCGCCACGUCUCUAACCUUGCGUCUUACCAGUUUUUCAUCAUCAGCAGUUUGGCGAAUCUUUUCGUAUACUGUGGUUUCCUUCUUAGCUUGAUCGGUUUCUUGCCUUUUGCUGCCGGCAUCUUGGCCUGGGCUCUCGUCAUGCCGGUCAACACAUACGCCACCAAGUUUUACAUGAAGUACCAGGCCCAGCUCAUGAAGAACCGUGAUGCCAAGCUGGCCAUUGUCAACGAGGCCCUAUUGGGCAUUCGUCAGAUCAAAUUCUCGGCUCUGGAGGACCAAUGGGAGAAGCGUAUCCAGGAAGCCAGAGAGAAAGAGCUGACAACCUUGAAGAAGACCUUCAUGGCUGACUCUGUGCUGUUCGCUUGCUGGGUGAUUAGCCCGAUUUUCCUUGCGGCUGCCUCGCUCGCCGUCUACGCCCUGUUGCACGGCAAUCUGUCACCUUCGGUUGCCUUUGUCAGUAUCAGCAUUUUCAAGAGCCUGGAAGCCACUCUUUCAGCUCUUCCCGAACUUCUUACGGCUUCCGUCGAUACACUCGUUUCAAUCAAGCGAAUUGACAAAUACCUCAGUGGUCCUGAGAUGAAGAAAGUUGUAUCUGAUGGCCCGGAUGUUGCUUUCGAUAAUGCCACCAUCUCCUGGCCUGUUGAUGUCGAAACGCCCGAUGAAGAGCGCUUCAUUCUCAAGAACGUCAAUCUGUCAUUUCCCGCCGGCGAGCUUUCUGUUAUUUCUGGCAAAACGGGAACUGGAAAGAGUCUGCUACUUUCCGCUGUUCUUGGCGAAGUAGAUCUUCUUGAAGGCGCCAUUUACGCACCCCCUACCGUAUCGGCUCUUGAGCGAAACGACCACAAAGCUCAUCCGGGAAACUGGAUUCUUCCGGGCUCCGUUGCGUAUGUGGCUCAGACACCUUGGCUCGAGAGCGCGUCUUUCCGAGACAACAUUCUGUUUGGUCUCCCCUAUAUCGAAGCUCGAUACCAGAAGGUUAUCGAAACCUGCGCACUGAAGAAGGAUCUCGAGAUCUUGGCUGAUGGCGACAAGACUGAACUUGGAGCCAAUGGAAUUAACCUCAGCGGCGGCCAGAAAUGGAGAGUUACCUUGGCCCGAGCCAUCUACUCACGCGCCGAGAUCCUGGUCAUGGACGACAUCUUCAGCGCUGUUGACGCUCAUGUUGGUCGACACAUCUUUGAAAAGUGUAUCACCGGCGACAUUUGUGAAGGGCGCACUCGGAUUCUGGUUACUCAUCAUGUCGCACUGGUUGAGUCCAAGGCCAAGUAUCUGGUUGAACUUGGCGAAGGCACUGUCCUGCACGCUGGCUUGACAUCUGAACUUGCUGAGGACGGCAUCCUGGAAAGGAUCAAGACCAAUGAACAGACGCAAGAGGAAAUUCAGCAGGAAGAAGCAGCCGCUGAUGCCUCAACGGUCGUCAACUCCGAAGAGGCGUCCGUUGCUGGUGUUGAUGGAGAAUCAAGCGGAAGCGCCACCGAAGCAGAACCAGGCAAAGAUAAGGCCGCCAAAGACUUUGUCGAGAAGGAAACUCGCGACAAGGGAAAGGUCAAGAGCCGGAUCUACCUGACCUAUCUCCGGCACAGCGGUGGCUGGCUCUUUUGGAUCGUCCUCGCCCUUCUAUUCUCUAGCUUUGAGGCAGGGAAUCUGGCUCGGAAUUGGUGGGUCAAGAUCUGGACAGAAAGAAGCGAAGAGCAAGCUGAUGGCAUGCGUGCAUUCGAAGUGGAGCAGAAGCAUGGCCUUGCAUACAGCUUGUCCUUCCAACACGGUCCUUUCCAUGUUGCUUCCGGCCUGCUGAACACCGAGUCGGCGGACCGCAAUCUGUCCUACUACUUGUUGAUCUAUGUCGCUCUCUCAGGCGCCAGUGCAUUCGUAGGGACGCUGCGCUUCAUCUGGUCCUUCAUCAUGAGUAUCAGGGCCAGCAGGACCCUCUUCAACCUGAUUCUCUUUACUGUCCUACGAACUCCGCUGCGUUGGCUUGACACAGUUCCCGUCGGCCGCAUUCUGAACCGUCUCACGGCCGAUUUCGACAUCAUCGACAACCGCAUCAACAUGGAUUUUGGACUCUUGCUGUGGCGUGGUCUGGGCUUGGUCGGCGUCUGCAUUGCUGCUACUCUCGUGUCACCUUUUAUUCUCCCCAUGGCUUUCGUCCUAGUCUUCUUCGCUGUCGCUGUUGCCAAACAGUACAUGGCUGGCGCCAGACCGAUGAAGCGGCUUGAAAGUACCUCCAAGUCACCCGUCUUUGAGCAGUUUAACGCGACAUUGUCGGGCGUAGCGACGCUCAGAGCCUACCAGAAGACUCAAGUAUAUGUGGAGCGUAUGCAUGGCCAUCUUGAUGCCUGGGAUGCCGUGAGUAUCUACGGCAGUCUGUUCAAUCGUUGGAUGAGCUUUCGUAUGGCGUUGAUUGGUACUGCAUUCAGCUCCAUCGUUGGUGUCGUCGUUGCCUUGUCUCCCUAUAUUGACGCCUCCAUGGCUGGCUUCACUUUGGCUUUUGCUGUCGACCUCUCUGGAAACAUUCUGAUGACUCUCUGGAGCUACACCAGCCUGGAACUGGACAUGAAUGCUACAGAGCGUGUCAUUGAAUACGCAGACCUACAGACGGAACCGCUGGAUGGUGAGAAGCCUCCCGCGGCCUGGCCCACGUCAGGUGACAUCGAGGUCAAGGACCUCGUCGUCAGUUAUGCUGAAGAUUUACCGGCCGUGCUGAAGGGCGUAUCUUUCAACGUGAAGAACAACGAGCGAGUCGGUGUUAUUGGCCGUACCGGCGCUGGAAAGUCAUCUCUUACUCUGGCGCUCUUCCGUUUCCUGGAGGCUCGUUCUGGGACCAUCUUGAUUGAUGGCGUAGACAUCUCCAAGAUUGACCUCCAUAGCCUGCGGUCCCGGUUGGCUAUCAUUCCUCAAGACCCCGUGUUGUUUUCUGGAACGAUCAGGAGCAACCUCGACCCCUUCAACGAGCGCUCCGACGAGGAGCUGCGCGAGUCACUUCACCGCGUUCACCUGGUCGACUCGCAGCCGGCGACACCUGCCAAUGAGCCAUCCUCUGCCGCUGGCUCAACCGCCGCUCAAGCCAAUGUCAACAUCUUCCGCGACCUCUCAAGCGGCAUUGCCGAGUCCGGAGGCAACCUAUCCCAAGGCCAGCGCCAGCUCCUGUGCAUGGCUCGGGCCAUUGUAUCUCGACCCAAGAUCAUGGUGCUCGACGAGGCCACUUCCGCCGUGGACAUGGCCACCGAUACGCUCAUCCAGCGCAGCAUCCGCGAGGAGUUUACCGACAGCACACUCAUCGUGAUUGCGCACCGUCUCAGCACGAUUGCCGACUUUGACCGCAUUCUCGUGCUCAGCGAGGGUGUUGUGGCGGAGUUUGGAACGCCGAAGGAGUUGUGGGAGAAGGAAGGGGGUGUGUUUAGGGAUAUGUGCGAGAGUAGUGGUGAGAAGGACAAGCUGCGCGAGACGAUUUUGGGCAAAUGA